AUGCGUGUCGCUCUUCUUACCCUUUUGAGCGGUGCUUUGGUCAAUGCCCUCGCUGGAGAAGAAGCUCUAGAAAAGUGGGGUGGGCCUAGAGGUGGAGAUAAGGUUUCCCAUGGGGGCAACAAUAUUGGGAAUGGGGAUGGUGGUGGGAUUAACAUCAGCACCGGGGGUGGUGACAUUGGGGACAUUGGGGUUGGAGUUGGGGGUGGGAGUGGCUGCGACCCGGCGGCUUGUGACGCUAAAUGUCGGAGAUUAGGUGACCAAUCAGGUUACUGCGACAACGGUAGUGAAUCUCCUAGUUUACUUGGACUUGUUCUAGGGCAAACUACGCCAGGCUGCAUUUGUGUCCCAAACCCGUCAGAUUGUGAACCCCCUUCUUCUUCUUGUAACGGGCAAUGUUGCGCGUCCGGCCUGACCUGUUGCAAUGGGGCCUGCACCGACCUCCAGAACACUUCCAAUAACUGUGGCACUUGUGGGAACACUUGUGCGGCAGAUGAGGUAUGCUGCAGUGGAGCCUGCACCAAUCUUCAGACUAGUUCUGAUAACUGUGGCACCUGUGGAAACACUUGUGCGGCAGAUGAGGUAUGCUGCAGUGGAGCCUGCACCAACCUCCAGAGUACUCCCGGUAGCUGUGGCACCUGUGGAAACACUUGUGCGGCAGAUGAGGUAUGCUGCAGUGGAGCCUGCACCAAUCUUCAGACUAGUUCUGAUAACUGUGGUACUUGUGGGAAUACUUGCCUUGAGACAGAGACUUGCUCAUCAGGCUCCUGCAUAUGCGCAGUCUUUCCAGGUUUCCAGCAACAGAUCAAAUCCCCUGUGACCAGGCCAGUUGAUAUUGCCAUUGGUGACUUUAAUGAAGAUCAGUAUCUUGAUAUUGUGACUCCAAAUGGCAAUGGUAAUUCUGUGAAUCUCUUGCUAGGAACUGGAUCAGGGAGCUUCCAGCCACCAAUUGCAUUCACUGUGCAGCAGAACCCACAAGCUGUUGCAACAGGCGAUUUCAAUGAAGAUGGAAAUCUUGACAUUGUGGCUACAAAUGUCAAUAGUAUGUCUGUGAGCCUCUUGCUAGGGACCGGAUCAGGAAGUUUCCAGGCACAGACCACAUUUACCGUGGGGACCUUCCCAAGAGGUAUUGCAGUGGGUGAUUUUAACGAAGAUGGGCAUUUUGAUAUCAUAACUGUGAACCAGGGCAGCAGCACAGUGAGUCUAUUAAUCGGCAAUGGACUAGGGAGCUUCCAGGCGCAGACCACAUUCCCUGUGGGUGCAAGUCCAUGGGAUGUUGCAGUAUAUGACAUUAAUGAAGAUGGCUAUCUUGAUGCGGUGGUGACAAGUCUCAAUGGUAACUCUGUCAGCGUCCUACUAGGGACUGGAUUGGGAGGUUUUGAGCCGCAGGUCAUUUAUCCUGUAGGGAAUGGACCGUUCGCGGUUGCAAUAGGCGACCUUGAUGGAGAUGGCUUUGUUGACAUCGUGACUGCGAAUCGGUUUGGGAAUUCAGUGAGCGUUUUGAUUGGGGAUGGAUUAGGAGGCUUUGAGCCGCAGGUCAUUUAUCCUGUGGGGAAUUCACCAAGGGGGGUUUCAGUGAGCGAUCUUAACGAAGAUGGCUAUAAUGACAUCGUGACUACGAAUGAGCACACCAACGACGUGAGUGUGUUGUUGGGGAUCGGAUCGGGCAGUUUCCAGCCACAGGUAACAUUUCCUGUGGGAGCUCUCCCACAAGCUGUUGCAACAGCCGAUUUCAACCAAGAUGGCUACAUUGACAUCGCGACCGGCAAUGCCAAUGAUAAUUCCGUGAGCGUCUUGUUAGGGAAGGCUUGUGGCACUUAG